CUUGUCUUAAUCAAGCCAAACUUAACCGAACCAAAAUCAUCUGAGCUGGAAUCAAACCCGACCCAAAGUCAUUUAACUUGAAAUUAAAUCGAUUAAACCUGUUUUGAACUCAAUUCAAAUUUAUUCAAACCAAAUAUGAACAAAUCUGAUGUUAACCCGACCCAACCUUGACAGAUUUUGACCCGAAAUUGACUCAAUUUGAAGUGACCCAACUUGACCUAGGACGGGUUAAAAGGGUAUUUUUGACCCAAACAUAACACAACAACAACAACAACAAAAAAAAAAAAAAAAAAAAAAAAAGAGUUUUACAAAGAAAAUUGACUGUUCCGUUAAUUCGGUUAAAUACGUCUUUCUCAACCUCAGAAACAUUAUCCAUUCAAUCAAAGUACCAACACUACACAGGAUUAGCUUACAGAAGCUUUCACUAUGACAACUAUGGCUGCUUCUGCUUCUGCUCUGCUUUCUCCUCUCGCUUUUAGUGGCUCAACCAAUUAUUAUACAAACAAGGCAAAACAAUGUGUUGUGAUUCGAUGUUCGAAAAUGAGACAUGCUCCACUUGAAAUGUCAUCUAUGGAAGGCUCUAGAUUGAAUUUAUAUUAUCGUCGGAAUGUUGUUGGAUUGCUUCUUGGACUUUCUUGUCUCAGAAUAGACUCCAAUGAGGCGAUCGCGAAUGCUGCAGGCUUGCCUCCAGAGGAUAAGCCAAAACUAUGUGAUGAAGCCUGUGAGAAGGAGCUUGAAAAUGUACCCAUGGUAACAACAGAAUCUGGAUUGCAGUACAAAGACAUUAAGAUCGGUGAUGGUCCGAGUCCACCAAUUGGUUUUCAGGUUGCUGCAAACUAUGUUGCAAUGGUUCCUUCUGGACAGAUUUUUGACAGUUCUCUUGAGAAGAAUCAGCUUUACAUCUUUCGAGUUGGCUCGGGCCAGGUGAUCAAGGGACUUGACGAAGGACUCCUUACCAUGAAAGCUGGUGGUAAACGGAGACUCUACAUUCCAGGACCAUUGGCAUUUCCAAAAGGCCUGACCUCAGCUCCUGGAAGGCCUCGUGUUGCACCCAAUAGUCCGGUUAUCUUUGAUGUAAGCUUGGAGUACAUACCAGGUCUUGAGACAGAGGAAUAGUAAACUGAUGAACACGCCAACUCCUCCUUCGUUUUGUACUACUUAUUCCUGUGUUUCGAGGUGGAAGCUAAACUAUGCAGCUAGCUCUUCUCCAAUUGCGACUCUUUGUACAUCUCAUACAUGCCCUUAAAUUAUGUACAAAAUCAGCUUAUUCUUGAAUUGGCUUUGCAUAUUUACAAAAGGAUUAAUACCGUUUUUUGCUACUAUAGAGAUAAUACAUCCAUCUUCCAGCAGUUACUUCUUGAUCUGACUGCAUCUCCGUGCCAGAGUGUUUUUUUUUUUUUUUUUUUUUUUUUUUUAACUGAAAGGCGCUGCUUUAGUAGUGCUAUACCAACAUUAUGUUGGUAAAAAUUGGUUAAUUGCAGGGAGAUAUAAUGGCUAUUGUCUUCCAAGCUUAUGCCGCCUUUGGAAUAUCUUACGAAGAGACUAGCAAAGAAACAAAAGUCGUUUUAAGCUAGGAAAAAUGGAAAGAAAUAAUCCUACCUUUGCGUGGUCUGACCAUAACAAUCCCACUUUUUGAUUAUUAGGAGGCAAUCCCACCUUUGUAUAUCAUCUUCUUUUAACAAACCUUUUUACCUACAACCUGUUAAACAGGUUAAAAUGUUUUUUUUUUUUAA